UUGAAAUACCAGUUGUUAAUAACAAGGUAGAAUGGCCAGCGAAAGUUUUUACCCAAGGUUCGUCAUGCCGCUGAGUGUCUUCCGCUUUACCGAUCGACUCGACUGGGCAACCACCUUUUUCAGAUUGAACUUUCUAUUUAAUCUAUCUCCAAAUAGCAUUGUUCCCUUUCCUUGUUGGUCUUCUUACGCUGUAUUAAUUUUUACAGUGAUUUCAUCCAAAGCGUUCAAGCGUCUACCAGUUUGCUGAACGUAAAAUUUCAUCAUGCAUAUACUUCAUGUAUUGUGCACGGAAAGUAUGCUGCCCAUUGUGAAGGCUUCUUUUUGUAUUGUUCUUAUAAAAAGGUAGUAAGGGUGAAGCAGAUAAAAACUGCAAGAGCAUAACCCCUGAUCAAUCAGUCAGUGCCAAAAAGCAGAGCACUGGAUGUGCUAAAAGGAAGAGGAAAACCAAUAAGAAGUUGUUUGCUGAUUAUGACAUUUCAACAACUGAUCAGCCAGAGGAUUCAAGUGAUUCAGCGGAACAUGCACCAGCUGAGAACACUAAUUCACAAAGUAGAAAGCAAAAGGGCAAAAAGAGGAAAUCAGGGAAACAAGAAAACCACACCUGCGAAGAAGCGUAAAACUACAGAAGAGAAGAAGGAAGAGCUGUCACUUCUUUGUCGGAAGCUGAAUGACAUUGAGGAGUCCAUUCUAGUAGCAACACCAGGCAGCAGAUCUGAAAGAGUGAACGUGGAUGGCUCAUCCGAGUCUGAUUGGUCAGACGAUGACAGUGAAAACUCCUUAAUGGUUAUUCCUACCCCACAACAGGGAAACCAAUUACAGCAUCCCCACUUUGGAGGGAAAAGACCAAAGACAGUACACCCACCUCUAAAAUGUAUAAAUGUUUGGUGCAAAGAAGAAAAACAGAAGAAAGAUGAUGAAAUACUCCAGCUUAAAGAAGAGGUGCUUAUGUUGAAAGAGGAGCUCUGUAAAUCAAAAGAAAGUACAGGAAUUAAUGCCCAGAGAAAAAUUACAAAGGAAAAAGGAACAGCCGAUGGACUUACAGAACUUGUCAGUGGAUCAGGCAUCUGGAUGUGCCCUAACAAAUUGGGUGCAGCCAUUAAAGAUGCUGAAAAUAAAUCCAGGACAGUGUUGGUGAGGUCACUGCUGUGUGGAGGUGGUGCUGGAAAAAGCCAUUUGAUUAAAACAAUCUACCACACUGUUGUAAAAACGUAUAAAAAUGCUCCAAUGAAUCCUGAGAAACCAACAGUCUUACUAGCAGCACCUACUGGAGUAGCAGUAAUAAACAUUGAUGGUGCAACCAUAAACACAGCAUUAGCAACACCUAAAAAUACAGGUGAUGUCCUACCUGCAAUGUCUGACCAGAAAAGAACACAAAUGAGAUUAUCACUGUGUGAGCUGAAGCUAAUAAUAAUAGAUGAGAUCUCAAUGGUUGGUAACACUACUCUCCUCCAUAUUCAUCAGCAAUUAAAAGAGACAUUUGAUACUAACAACUCGCAGCUUUUUGCUGGUGUAAGUAUUGUUGCUCUCGAUGAUUUAUAUCAGCUACCACCAAUUUAA